GCGUGCUUUUUAGCCGUUAAUGUGCUGCUCUUUACCGUUAACGGCGCACGUUAAAACUUAAAAGCCCGUGCGUUUCUCUGCUUUUCUCACGCCAAUCGGAAAGCAAAACCAGAACAAAACACGGGAAAUAAUAAUAGAAGUAAAUCUACAACCCAUAACCAACGGCUUCUCCAGCGCUGAUUACUGUGUGAAGCCGACGAUAUCUCCACCUCGAGACACAGAAGACUUCUAUUCUGUAGCUUGAACUUGGCUUUAGUACUCAGAUUCAACUAGGUUAUGGCGGGGCGGGCUCUAAGUCACGGGUUCCAAGUUGCGAGUUUGGCGAUGAUGUCUCCGAUCCUCCUUCAUUGGACGUUGAAAAUAAGUUGUCUCUGUAGCGUUGCUUCGUGCUUGUUAUGAUUUUUGUGAGUUUGAUAUCGCCGUUGAUUUGUUGAAGACUCAUAGAUCUGAGGUGUCGGUGGAUCAAUGGCGUCGGUGUUUUCGGUUCCCGCCGGGUCAUUGCAAAGGUUCCAUAGUGUUUUGCUCCAGGUUUUGGUCAUUUCAUUUUACAUAAUUUACACUACGGAUGCCACUUUGGCUGAUGAUCUACCUGAAGCACAACUAGAAUCUCCAACCAGAACACCUUUGGCUGCACCAGCUGUUCCUGUUCUUCCCAUGCCAGCCAAAUUGCCACCGCUACAAAGACGUCGACGGAAACAUUUGUCUCCUCCUGGUGCACCAGCAGCUGCAAUAGGACCAGCACAACCUCCUUUUGAUGACCCACUGAUAACUUCGGGUCAUCCACCUAGGAGUUCACCGUUCUCAGAACCAUCAAUGAAGAGGAAUGCUCUAGUCCCUCCAAGUGUUGGCUUGGUAAGUGUUGCCCCAACAAAGUCCGGUGGUGGUGCAUUUGCUCCUGGUUUAGCUCAACCCCCAUUAUCUCCAAACGACUCCAAUUGUUGCAAGCCAGUUAUGGUGUUGAAACGAGGGAGUCAUGGUUGCCACUGCGUGUAUCCUGCAAAACUUGACCUUCUCCUUUUGAAUGUCUCACAAACUCCUAAUUGGAAUAUGUUUUUAGACGAAUUAGCGUUCCAACUUAGUUUGCGAAAUUCUCAAAUAGAGCUGAUAAACUUUUAUGUUGUCGGCUUAUCAAGUUUAAACAUCUCAAUGGAUAUUACACCACAUACGGGAAUCAGUUUCUCUGCCGUCUAUGCAUCCCAGAUAAAUUCUUCACUUGCCACACAUAAAGUUCAUUUUGAUCCUUCACUGGUGGGCGAUUACAAACUCCUCAAUUUUACCUUGUUUGAACCUCCAGCACCUUCACCAGCUCCUAUUAUUGCUUCAUCUCCUGUGGGAGCUCCAAUGCAUCAAUCAUCAGCUUCUGCAACAUUUAGUGAAGCAGACAAAGUGAAACAUUCAAAUUUGAUUCUGCUUAUUGGUAUUGGCGCUGGUAUAUUGGUCAUUGUCAUUAUAUCUGUGCUAAUAGUAUGGUCAUGUGCGUUCCAUGAAGCGAAGCCUAAAAGCUCUCCAAAAGAGAACUCUCCGGAAGAAACUGCAAAGCCAAAAACUACUGAUGGAGGUCCAAUAGGAGGAUCUCUUCCUCACCCAACCAGUACACGGUUUUUAGCCUAUGAAGAACUUAAAGCAGCUACAAAUAACUUUGAAUCUGCAAGCAUACUUGGAGAGGGUGGGUUUGGUAGAGUUUUCAAGGGUGUCUUAAGUGAUGGCACAGCUGUAGCAAUUAAGAGGCUCACUAGUGGAGGGCAACAAGGUGAUAAAGAGUUUUUGGUUGAAGUUGAGAUGCUUAGCAGGUUGCAUCACCGUAAUCUUGUAAAACUUGUUGGCUACUAUAGCACUCACGAUUCUUCUCAAAACCUACUCUGUUAUGAGCUUGUUCCUAAUGGAAGCUUGGAGGCAUGGCUACAUGGUCCCCUGGGAGUAAACUGUCCUUUAGAUUGGGAUACCAGAAUGAUGAUUGCACUUGAUGCUGCUCGUGGACUUGCGUACCUUCAUGAGGACUCACAACCCUCUGUUAUACACAGAGAUUUUAAAGCAUCCAACAUACUUCUUGAGAAUAACUUCCACGCCAAAGUGGCUGAUUUUGGCCUUGCCAAACAGGCUCCGGAGGGCAGAGCAAAUUACUUGUCCACUCGUGUUAUGGGUACAUUUGGGUACGUCGCACCUGAGUAUGCAAUGACGGGACAUCUAUUGGUAAAAAGUGAUGUUUACAGCUAUGGAGUUGUCCUUCUUGAGUUGCUGACUGGUAGAAAGCCUGUGGAUAUGUCACAGCCAUCUGGGCAGGAGAACCUUGUCACUUGGACAAGACCGAUUCUCAGGGACAAGGAUCGACUUGAGGAACUUGCUGAUCCAAAGCUUGGAGGGAAGUACCCAAAAGAUGAUUUUGUACGAGUGUGCACGAUUGCAGCGGCUUGUGUUGCCCCUGAAGCAAGCCAACGUCCCACAAUGGGUGAAGUGGUGCAGUCUCUCAAAAUGGUCCAGCGUAUCACAGAAUAUCAGGAUUCAGUGUUAACCUCUUCCAAUAAUCGACCUAACCUAAGACAAACAUCUACCACAUUCGAGUCUGACGGGACAUCUUCAAUCUUCUCGUCUGGUCCUUAUUCUGGUAUGAGCACAUUUGAAAAUGACACCCUCUCCCGGACUGCAGUUUUCUCUGAAGAUCUCCAUGAAGGGAGAUGACACUCCAAAAAAAAAAAGAAGGUUUUUACCAGCAGAACCUUUCCUUAUCAGAAGCUUUUUUAUGGUCCAUAGUCUGAUGUGAUUACCCUUGAAAAUGACACCCUCCCGAACUUCAGUUUCUCUGAAGAUCUCCCUGCCUGGAGUCGACUCUUAAAAAAAAUUAGUUUAACCACCAGAAGAACAUUUUUCUAUCAGAAGCCACUUAUGGCCACACGACUUGCCAAGGUAUGGAGUAGGUUCCGUUUUUAUUUGUUUUUGAAAUGGCAUAGGGUUUCUAGUAUUGAUUGGUGGGAAUUAGUGAUGGGGACUUUUUCUAAUGGCUUGUAGAGAUCCACUGUGCAGUUUUCCUCUAGCCAGUGAUUAUUUCCUACAUGUUCAAGGGAAUUUUGUACAUAUUCCUUGUAGCUUGCUUGUUGGUUUCUCCAUCAUCCUACUUUUCAAAUUCAGGUGAUCUCUAGUUCCCUUCCCCUCCCUGGACUUUUAUUGUUUUAUUAAGCAAAAAUUGUUAACGGUAUGGACCUAUCAACUUUGGGGUUCAACAUCAACCAUCAGUCCAUCACUCAUCAGGUGUAUACAGGGUUGAAUGUGUACAUACCUAAUCAUAGUUGAGUUAUCGUUCUAAUUUUUUAGUUUAAAGUCAAA